AUGGGUAAAUUUGAAGUGGUAUCGUUGUUGUUUAUAACGUCGAUGCUAAUUGGCUCGAUCCGCUCCGACGAUUUCCAGCCCCUGCGCAUAGCGGCGUUCAACGUACAAGUGUUCGGGGUGUCAAAGAUGUCAAAACCGAUGGUGCCCGAAAUACUUACGAAGAUUAUUCUGCGUUACGAUAUCAUACUUAUACAGGAAGUGCGGGAUAGCACAGGUCAAGCAAUACAAGACCUACUGUAUCGCGUAAACACAGCUGACGCUUUGGAAAAACAGCAAGACGCAUCAUGUGACGCAGAGAAGUCAUGUGACAACAUUGAUGGCGAUUUUGACAUGGUUAUCAGUGAACGUCUUGGUCGAAGUAGCAGCAAAGAACAAUAUGCUUAUAUAUACAGGAAAAGUCGUGUGAGUGUGACUGACAGUUACCACUAUGAUGAUGGGUUGGAAGAAGACAGUACUGAUCAUUACGAGAGAGAACCAUUCAUUGUCAGAUUCCAUUCACCAUUCACAGAUGUUAAGGACUUUGCCAUCGGUGGUAUCCAUACAAAACCUGAUGACGCAGUCAGUGAAAUCGACAGAUUGGCUGAUGUAUAUGACGACAUCGUGAAACGAUGGUCGCUCGAGGACGUACUGAUUGCCGGUGAUUAUAACGCCGCCUGUAGUUACGUAAAGUCCGAUGAUUGGAAGAAUAUACGACUGAGAAGUCAGGAACGCUUUCUGUGGUUGAUAGCUGACAACGUUGACACAAACGUCGCUGGUGACAUAUGCGCCUACGACAGGCUAGUCGUUGGGGGCGAUCUCAUGAAACGGGCUGUGUGGCCUGGCAGCGCACGGGAGUUCCUUUUCGAUAAAGAAUAUGGACUGACGGACGAACAGACUUCAGAAGUCAGUGAUCAUUACCCAGUAGAAAUGCUACUACUUCCGGAAGUGAGUGACGCUAUUACCAAGCACAUCACGACACAUUCUGGAUUUGCUGUCACCGACGACCGCGACGUGGACGAGUCAAGUUUACAAGCAUUCGCAGCGGCGUCAAGCACCACGGAAUUGAAAAUCGACGCAUUUUUUGACGGGAAUGGUCAAUUGAAGAAAAUCACCGCCUUACAAAGUAUAUCUGGUAUUCAAGAUGCCGUGGCUACCUUGGAAAGGUUCAACUCCGAGUAUCCUGGAAUUGUUUCCAUGGAAAUCAUCGAUGUUGUCGCAGCACACGCCAAGCAGUUCAGUCUACAAGCCGAUCACUCUGUAGUACUGACUCGUAAAAAAUCAAAACAAACGAAAUUGUUGGUCACGUGCUCUGUGGAAGAGACGGCAACAUGUGGCGUGGCAGUUAGAAAAUAA